AGGAGAGGGAGGUAUGGUUCCAGGUGAAGGUCCCGCUCUCUCACAACCUGACGGUGGGCUGUGAUCACCAUGGCAACACUAAACCGCCCCCACCUCACGGUCACCCCUGCCCCCCCGACACCCCCUUCUACUACUUCCCCAUCGACCACCAGCAGCCCCAGACCCCCUGCGGAUAACAGGAGCCUUCACACAUGCUGUCCAUUAUUAGUAUUCGGUUGGAUAAAACAUGAUGUGAGUUAUAAAUGUUGUAUUUGGACUUUGCUAAGCUCUGGAAAAGUGAGGAUAACAUGUCCUAAAAAUAGACGACAGACAUUUCAAAAAAGUGUGGAACAAAUGAUAAAUAUCUCCCAAAGGA